AUGUUUGUUUAUACUGCUUUCACCACUUCCUUUCGCAUGUAUUGCUACUUUGGCUUCGAUGUGAGCAGCCCUGACGCCCUGAAAAACCAAACUUGUUCAACAAGGCAAGUCAGUCUCUCAAAAACAUUGUUAGAACCAGAUCAAGAAACAUCACCAGCUUACACUGCAAUGAAGGUCCAUGAGUUGGAUGAUGGCGGUUUCCACAGACAACAUGAUACUGACAGGAAUUAUCAUUGCUACAUUUUUCGAUAUGUGUCAGUGCAGAUGCUCCAUGAUUUCCAGCAUGAAUCGGUUCAUAUUGAAUUUGGAUGCGAUUAUAAUAAUUUAUGUCAUAACAAAGAAAUUGGCAAAGUUCUUCGUCAGGAGUCAGUAAAUGGAUCUCAUAGCAAGCUGUUCUGUUGCAAUACAGAGAAUUGCAACACAGUUAACGAACUUCCUCAUUUGCCAGCAGAGAACAGAAUAUGUUACCAGGGUACUGACAAUAACACGGAAGCUGUUCCAGUUCAAAAGGUAUCCUGUGUUCAUCCUGACAUUAUGUGUGCUAUGACAACAACCUAUUACCCAGAUGGCAUAGUGGAAAGCUACUUUUGUGAUAAUGAGAAGCUCUGUCAGGAUAAUAUGUUGCCUGGAUCAUUCAGAUCCUGUUAUCAGUUGCUAGUUGACAAUACAACACAGAAGAUAUGCUGCUGCGAUGCCAGCUUGUGUUUUGCACCACCAAAUUCUGAAGGCAAAGCCAUCAGUGUGAAUACUUCUAGUAUUGCAGACACAAGAACCGUGGACAGCCUGCCCGCAGAGAAGACGGACAAGUGGGCACUGACAGGCCUGGUCAUCGCUCUCCUGUUUGUCACAGGGAUUGGUGGGGGCAUUUUCAUCGUGGUGUUAUGCAGAAAACACAAGAGGCCACGCCCUGAUCCUAAUGUCAUUAUGCAGUAUGAACGUCUGUCUGCUUCAGAUGUUGAUGUGGAUGAUGCUGUGGUUUUGUAG